UUUCCAUUUUGUUUGGGCGGCGUGAUUUUGAAUGUCGGACAAGUAGUUAAAACAACUACGAACUCACUUCUUCUUCUAAUAAAUUGUAGAAGCAAGGUGGGAUUGAAAUCGAGACUAAUCUGAGAGUAGAAUCUGACAGGCGCAAGUUCAGCAUAUGGCGGAUUCAAAUAAUAAGAGGAAAGAAAGAUCUGGAGGCGGCGGAAGAGAUGCGAGAGAUGGGGAUACUAGAGGGGGGAAGAGAGCUAAGGGCGGUUCAAAUGGCAAAUGGCAGACUCCGCAUCAGCAAACCAAAAUGGCCUCUAAGAGCGGUGGAAAAAUAGAACCAGGUGACCAAGGGAUUUGGGCAACGUGCGUGAAAGGCAAAGAAGGAAAGGCGACAGAGGAACUGAGGAGUCUACUCGAGGAGUCUGCUGAGAAAUACUAUGGUAUUUCCGUGAAGUCAAGCAACGAAAAGGGUGAUGAGGAAGAUGAAGAUGCUACCGAAUCAGUUGAUGAUAUCGAAGCAUCCAUUCGAAAAGAAGUUGCAGCACAUAAAGAUCCUGCAGAGAAGCUUUUCUCGGCAAUUUACCUAGAUAUUCAGUGCGUGCUGUUCUUCAGAACACGACCGCCAAUAGACCCAGCCGAUCUCGUUCACAGGAUGUGUGAAGAUGCAGCAUCGGGCGCGGUGAGAAAAUUGAGGUUUGUAAAUCGUCUAACACCAAUGUCAAUUAUUGGGAAAGCAACAGAAAAAGGUAUCGAAGAAGUCGGACAGGCCGUGCUAGGUGCUCAUUUCCGACUUGCUGGAGAAGCCGUAAAAUCGGAAGAAGUUGCUGCAUACUCGUACGCUAUUCGACCCACGAUACGCAAUCAUAGCACAUUAAAGCGGGAUGCCGUGAUUAAACAGGUCGCAUCUCUGGUGGAUGACAAUCAUAAGGUCAAUCUCACUAGGCCAGACAAAGUGAUAAUAAUCGAGAUUUACCAGACUAUUUGUGGUAUGAGUGUCGUUGGAGAUGACUGGGAAAAGCUUAAGCGCUAUAACCUUUACGAGCUCCAGUCACCUUCAACGAGUUUGAAAUCUGGGGGACUAGCAGAUGCCAAACCAAAAGCUACGCCCGAAAUCGUAAUUGCAGGCGAGACUCGGGCUCUACCCGAGAAAUCAAACGGCAGUUAAUUAUUUUAGAUUACUAGCAUCACCUUGUAUCACCUAUGCCAGCUACCAUUUUCCAGAGAUGCAAAUGUUCCUUGUGACGCAAAGGAUGCAAUAUACCAAAAUCGGGCAUUUGAAUACUUGCGCAUAUCUCUUGCCAAUCGAUCUGUACAGGCGCUUAGAUCAGCUUACC